AGCUUUCAACUAGACUUUUUGGUUGAGAUAUCAUUACUGUUUUAAACUACAUACACCUUCAUUGUCUGUAUAUUUCAAUGAUUCCAAGUUUUGGAAUUGUUCAUCUUUUUUCCAAGUAGGAUUUCAUGCAAACUCAUCCAAGUUUAAACUUGUAGUAUCAUAUCUCUGCCUCGCACGUGAUGAAGCAAGUCAUCCAUCAUCCGCUUGCAAGUUUCGUUCCGUCGUAUCAUCUCCCAACAAUCCGUCCACAAAAGCAUUUCCAAAUAACCCAUAACUAUUGAGCGUAGAAGCUGGUGUCAACUUCGUAGUUUGCAAAUAUGUCACGAUAUCAGCCGCUGUCUGUAGAGCCUUCAGCUGCUAGGAGGCGGUCCCGAGCCGCUUUUUAUUGCCAAGGGUGUGGGGACUUUUGCCUACAAGUAUUCGAAGGCGUAUCUCAUAAGCUGCCAACACGGAUGGAGAUAGUAGGAUAUUUGUCUGGCGGAUUGUUUGCGAUAGGAUGGUGGGUUUUCAUCGACGGUGUCGUCUUCUCAUCUACACGCGAUCCUCCGUUGCCCGUUCAAAUCCGUUUUGAGGAUUGGAUCCCAGGAGUGCUAUCCACAAUAGCGCUGAUCAUUGUCAAUUUGAUCAAUAGAGAUAUGUUGAGCGCAGACGAUAGCUCGUUCAGUGGAACAAAUGUGGCAACAAAAGCUCGUGGAUGUGCUUUUGUGGGAGUGUCUAUGGCUUUAGGGGCGUUGGGGGGAGCCUUGGCAGUAACAAGCUUAAAGUACAUCCUACCGGGGUAUAAGGGCGACGCAUUCUACUUUGGUAUCUGCAUUGCUGCACAGAAUUUCCUUAUUUUCGUCUCAUCCAUGAUUUUAUGGUUUGGAAGAAAUAGCGGUACAGAAGAACAAUACCCUGGAUACUGAUGCACAACACGGAUGCAACACUCUGCGGCCUUUCGAGUACUAGCAAGUUUUCACGGUUUUUGUAUGGAUGGUAGACAUUCAAACAUGCGUUCAGUAUUCUCCUGAUACUCGUCAUAUAGUGGUAAUUGGUACCCGCGUUUGACCAACAUGACUUAACCAUUAAUAGCAAGACUGUAUAGCAGCUUGUUUACAAAGCAAUAACUGAUAUUCCAUACAACACUAUUUCCCAA